CCCAUUUUCCGAGAAGGGUGCCUUCCUACGUGCCUUAUUUUAAGACGUCCACCGUGAUGCUGGAAGGUUGGGAAAGUUUUGGACUCACUCAUCCCGCAUCACUGGAAGAGGUUAGACACACCUUAAAAUACUUCCAACUUUUGGGAAACUUGGGAUUUUAGAAUUUCUCAGCUACAUAUUUGCAAUGGAGUCCAUCUACAACGCUACAAUUUCUGUGGGGUAUGAUGAAUUGUGGACGAGCAAAAAUUUGAUGCCAAACCCGUCUUCAAUAUAUUUCGAGGCUGAAGAACAAAUGGAGUCGGAGCAUGUAAAGCAAGACACUUUCCACCUAUCCAACGGCUUCAAGUUUUCCGCCAUUCGUGAAGUGGACGACCCUUUCGAAGACGAAUGUGAUGACGAAAACGGAGCAUCAGAGGGCAGCGAGGGUACGCAAAGUUGCGUAUUUUCCAGCAUCUCAAAUUCCACCGAAAACAGCGAGGUUGACGCGUCGUCUACCACGUCCACCUCUGAAACUGAUGACUCCGAUUCGGAAGAAAUUGAUCCGGACGACUCCGACUGGGAGGACUGCAACUCCUCCGAGGUCGAUAACGUUGAAGAAGUUGUCCAAAAUUGGAAAAGAGCAUACGCAGCAGAUCCAGAUUCUGACGAAGAAGUGGCAUGCAACAUGACGAAAUUGAAAAUUGCAUCGGAGAAGGCUGGCUGCGCAGGACUUUUGCAGAGAUUGGAGACUCAUUUAGACAAAUUUUACAGUGUCGAUUUUAAUGAUGAUUGCGCUCUUGAAAACUUCGGGCGGAAGGCAGACAGGUUGCAUCGGGGAAAGGCAGGACGUGAAGAAAGGAGGGGAAAAAUGGGAAAAAAGUAGUAAAAUUUUGACAUUUUUGUGGGGAUUAGUUUGUUUAUUCCAUAGAUAAUUUUCUUAGAUAUGUAAACUUAACUACCGUUUUUAUAAAUUAUUUGCUGCCAUGCGUGCCUAUGUAAUUGACACUGGAUUCGGUUAAAAUGUUCUGACAUUAACAAGAAAUAAUUCGUGGAUAAAUUUGAGCAGAAUUUAAAUAAAAUUAUAUAACUUAAAUCCAA